AUUAAAAAAAAAACUAUCAAAUUACCCAAAAUGCAUCUCAAAAUCUAAGGAAAGUAAAGCUAUCUUUGAAUGAAAAAAAAUUAAUAAAAAGGGGCCAUCUUUGGUGGAUCUAUUCAAAACUGAAAAAAAAAAAAAAUUGCUCAUGUACCACUUUAACAAUAAAGCAAGCAACACUAACCUAAUUUUAACUUACAUUAAGAAAAGUCAAGAGUUUAACUUCAACAAUUAGCUCCACGCGCCAGCACAUAACGUGUGCUAACAAUUCCCGGCGAAAAAUCCUCUUCUCCUGCCCCUUAUAUUUAUAUCCAACAAAUUCACACCUAAAAAAAAAAAAAGAGAACUAUCCUUCCUUGAGGCUCAUCUUUUUUCUCUCUUUUGCUCAUAAUUUACAAAUUUAAUAUACAAAAAUAUUUGAGAGAAGAAAGAGAGAAACUUAUUAUGGCGUCUGAAUUGAUCUACCGAGGACCGGAAUCACAGCCGAUCCCCGAUAGUUACCAUCCGAAACCACAUAAGCCAUGGCUUAGUGUAAUUCGGCCCAUACGUUACUUGCUACGUGAACAGAGGAUUGUUUUUCUAUUAGCAGGCAUUGCUAUUGCCUCUAUUAUUUUCGCUUUUUCACCAUCGUCCCGUUCGGGUGAGUUAAGAUACACCAACAAUGCCAUCUACGACUCGAAUCUGCCCACGGAAUCGACACAAUCUUCGGUGGCACACCGAAUGGUUUACCAGAAUCGGGUCGGUUUAGGAUCGUUUAAUUCGGGAGGGAAGAUCCCGUUGGGAUUGAAACGUAAAGGAUUGAGGAUUGUGGUUACUGGUGGUGCCGGUUUUGUAGGUAGCCACCUUGUGGACCGGUUGAUUGCAAGAGGUGAUAGUGUGAUCGUCGUUGAUAAUUUUUUUACGGGUAGAAAAGAGAAUGUUAUGCACCAUUUUGGUAACUCUAGAUUUGAGCUUAUUCGACACGACGUCGUUGAGCCACUUUUGCUUGAGGUUGACCAGAUCUAUCAUCUUGCUUGUCCUGCUUCUCCUGUUCAUUAUAAGCAUAAUCCCGUCAAGACUAUUAAGACUAAUGUGGUGGGGACAUUGAACAUGCUGGGAUUGGCUAAACGAGUCGGUGCACGUUUUCUGCUAACGAGCACCAGCGAGGUGUACGGUGAUCCACUUGAACAUCCACAGAAGGAGACAUACUGGGGCAACGUUAAUCCCAUCGGUGUCCGAAGUUGCUACGAUGAGGGAAAGAGAACGGCUGAAACAUUGACCAUGGACUACCACAGAGGUGCUGGCGUCGAGGUGAGAAUUGCCAGGAUCUUUAACACCUAUGGACCCCGUAUGUGCAUUGAUGAUGGUCGCGUUGUAAGCAACUUUGUCGCUCAGGCUUUAAGGAAGGAGCCAUUGACUGUUUAUGGUGAUGGGAAACAAACAAGAAGUUUCCAAUUUGUUUCAGAUCUGGUUGAGGGCCUAAUGCGCUUGAUGGAAGGAGAACACGUCGGGCCCUUCAACCUCGGAAACCCUGGCGAAUUCACAAUGCUUGAACUUGCUAAGGUGGUCCAGGAAACCAUUGACCCAAAUGCUCAGAUUGAACACAGACCAAACACAGAGGAUGACCCACACAAGAGAAAGCCUGACAUCUCCAGGGCUAAAGAGUUACUUGGUUGGGAACCAAAAGUGGCUCUCAGAAAAGGUCUGCCUAUGAUGGUUCAAGACUUUAGGCAACGUAUUUUUGGUGACCAAAAAGAAGAUAGUUCAAAGGUUAGCACAGCUUAAUAGAAGACGAGUACAUGUAUGUUUGGAUAUUGUUAUGGUGUUUUUAACUCAGUCAGGGACCAAAUGCACGGCGGCGAAAGAUGACUACUCUUUGUGCUCAUUUAGUUUCAGCAGAAGUGCAGGCAGCAGAAGACUGAACCCCCCAUCGUCUAGUUCUUUGAAUAGUUGGUUCAUGUUACAUUUUCCUGUCAAUUUUGUAAUUCUAUAUUAUCCUUUUUUGAACAGUUGAUGUAGACCACCAACCUCCAUUAUUAUCAUAAGAAUAAACAGGUUCCUAUUUUUUUCUUUUUAA